AUGGUCAGAACCAAAGUGCGGUGGGUGCUGUUCGAGUUACUGGAGGAUCCUAUUAUACAACAUGACAAGGUUGUCUUCCCUCGUACGCCAUUGAAUAUCACUGAAAGGACGAUUCUGAAUAACGUAUGGUUGUCGAUUACUGCAAACUAUGGCGAUUUCGGCAAUGGCAUGAGUCGCGGUAUUGUGGUGAAAUGGUUCAAUCCAUCAACACGAGUGGGCAUCAUACGAGUGCAUCGGGAGUAUGCCGAUAUGUUGUUAGCAUCACUAUUUUUCCUCAGGCGGAUAGAACACAUACCUUGCAGCUUUCGAAUACUGCAUGUAUCAGGGACCAUUAUUGCUGUACAAAAACAAGCCAUCAUCAGGGAUAGGGACAUCUAUUUGGAGGAACAAGCCAAGGCUAAUGAAAGAGGACAAGUAUAUAGUAUCACUGAAAAGCUGGAAGAAUCAUCAAAGAGAAUAAAAGAACUGCAGACUUUUGGAUGA